AUGAGUGCAACUACCUCUGUAAAAUCGCAAGAACAAAAGCGACCCGGUAUCCGAAGAAUAAUGACUUGGACUAGCAAGACUAAAGACAAAGAACUCCUCCAAACGCACGGUUAUGAUAGUGCUCCAGACGACUCCCAACAACCAGUCCCACCCAGUCCAACUCCAAGCACAAGAAGCAUCAGAUCCAAUAAUAGACCGUCACUCUUCCGUGCGUUUGCCCGCCGUAACUCUACAAGAAGUGAACAUUCUGUUCGAAGUCGGUCACCAACUAGUCCUAGACCUUCUACCGAAUAUGGAAUAGCCGAGGAUUUUCGUUCACCCAGCCCAACACCUUCACGUAAUUCGAUGAUAUUCGAACGAGAUGUAGAAAAUCAUGACCAUUUGAGUGCGCACGAAGCCAUCGAUGUCGGCAUUCCACCCAUGUUAGAAAAUGCGGCAGAAGCGUUCGCUACGAUCGAUGAUGGUGUACUUGUCAUUACAGACAAUGGUGAUGAGCCGAUAUUGAGUGAAGAAGCAUCGAGUAAUGCAUAUACUAAGAAUGCUUUGCAAGAGACGGAUGCGAUAAAGCGGUUAUCGUUGGCUGAUAUGGCUGACAUUAUAAGUCGGACGCCUAGUCCUGGUCCGUAUGAUCCAAAGCCAACGAUUGCCGAGACAUUGCGAGUCACAACGCCAAGAGAGAUGAGAGAUCUUGCUGGUGUUUAUGAUAAACAAGGGAAGUAA